UCCUCUUCCUCUGUAUUUCUCCAGGUUUUCCUCCAUCUCUUAAAUCUCUCAGAGCUUUCAAAGCCAUAGAAACCCCAUCCUCUCCUUCACCUCCCAUUCCUGGAUAAACAGAUUACGUCUUUGGAGACCUCCACGUCCUCUUCUUCAUCUUCUUACCACCAUUGUCUGAUUCUCUGUUUGCUCUGAAGAAUCUUCUGUCAGAUCUGCAUCUCAUUUCUUUCCUUAUAUAUUAAUCAUAUAUAAUAUGCCUAUUUAGCUGUAAGCAUUGUCUCUGUGAAAAGUUUGCACUUUUUUCGUUUUCUGUUCUCUUUUCCUUGAUAAAAAUCCGACCUUUUUGGCUGAGAAAGCUCUCAGCUUUGGGCCAUGGAUCGUGCCCGGAGAGUCGCCGGCCGUUGUCUCGUCCGCCGCCUCCUCUCCAACCGCCAUGGCCAUCCACAACCUCUCCCUUCAACCACUCGCUACAUCUCCUCCCUCUCUGGCUCCAUCUUCCCCAACUAUUCCUUUCCCCGGAUCCCUUCCGAUCAUUUCCGCCAUGGCAACGGCCACCAAGCUCGGUUCAUCUCCGUUGAAGCUCUCCAACCAUCCGACACCUUCCCGCGCCGCCACAACUCUGCCACUCCAGAGGACAAGAUCCGCAUGGCUGAGUUCUGUGACCACUCCUCCCUUGAUUCCCUCAUCGACGCCACUGUCCCCAAGUCCAUCCGCAUCUCUUCCAUGACCUUCCCCAAGUUCGACGCCGGGCUCACCGAGUCCCAGAUGAUCUCUCACAUGCAGUACCUCGCCUCCAAGAACAAGCUCUUCAAGUCCUUCAUCGGCAUGGGCUACUAUGGCACCCUCGUCCCUGCCGUCAUCCUCCGCAACAUCAUGGAGAACCCGGGUUGGUACACCCAGUACACUCCUUACCAAGCCGAGAUUGCCCAAGGUCGCCUUGAAUCCCUCCUCAACUUCCAAACCAUGAUCUCCGAUCUCACAGCCCUCCCCAUGUCCAACGCUUCUCUCCUUGAUGAAGGCACCGCCGCUGCCGAAGCCAUGGCCAUGUGCAACAACAUCCAGAGAGCUAAAAAGAAGACCUUUUUAAUCGCCUCCAAUUGCCAUCCCCAAACCAUUGAUGUUUGCCGCACCCGAGCUGAAGGUUUUGACCUCAAGGUCGUCGUUAAGGAUCUCAAAGACUUCGAUUAUCGCUCAAAUGAUGUUUGUGGUGUCUUAGUUCAGUACCCAGGCACUGAAGGAGAGAUCUUAGACUAUGAGGAGUUCAUUAAGAAUGCUCAUGCUCAUGGUGCCAAGGUUGUCAUGGCCACAGACUUGUUGGCUCUCACUGUCUUGAAGCCGCCUGGUGAGUUGGGGGCAGACAUUGUCGUCGGCUCUGCGCAGAGGUUCGGUGUGCCGAUGGGUUAUGGAGGACCACAUGCUGCCUUCUUGGCUACUUCACAGGAGUAUAAGAGGAUGAUGCCUGGAAGAAUCAUCGGUGUUAGCAUGGACUCCACCGGAAAGCCUGCGCUUCGAAUGGCAAUGCAGACCCGGGAGCAGCAUAUUCGCCGCGACAAGGCCACCAGCAACAUUUGCACUGCUCAGGCAUUGCUUGCAAAUAUGGCUGCAAUGUAUGCAGUGUAUCAUGGACCUGAAGGUCUGAAGGCUAUUGCCGAGAGAGUGCAUGGUCUUGCAGGGGUGUUUGCUCUGGGACUGAAGAAAUUGGGAACUGUUACUGUCCAAGAUCUUCCUUUCUUCGACACCGUGAAGGUCUCUGUUGCCGAUGCGAAGGCAAUUGCUGAUGCUGCUUAUAAGGAAGAGAUCAACUUGAGGAUUGUGGAUUCGAACACUGUAACGGUGGCUUUUGAUGAAACUACAUCCAUUGAGGAUGUGGAUAAAUUGUUCAAAGUCUUCUCUAGUGGCAAGCCUGUGAGCUUCACUGCAGCAUCUAUUGCGUCGGAAGUUCAGAGUCCUAUUCCAAGUGAGCUUGCAAGACAGAGCCCAUAUUUGACACAUUCAAUUUUCAACUCAUACCAUACCGAACAUGAGCUGCUCAGGUACCUCCAUAGAUUACAAACCAAGGAUCUCUCAUUGUGCCACAGCAUGAUUCCUCUUGGCUCCUGCACGAUGAAGUUGAAUGCUACUGUGGAGAUGAUGCCUGUGACUUGGCCCAAUUUUGCUAAUAUCCACCCAUUUGUCCCUCUUGAUCAAGCUCAGGGUUAUCAGGAAAUGUUUGAUGACUUGGGCAAACUCUUAUGCACUAUCACGGGAUUCGAUUCUUUCUCCCUACAACCAAAUGCUGGUGCUUCUGGAGAGUAUGCGGGGCUGAUGGUUAUUCGCGCAUACCACAAAUCACGAGGAGACCAUCAUAGAAAUGUCUGCAUUAUACCUGUCUCUGCUCACGGAACCAAUCCGGCUAGUGCAGCUAUGUGUGGCAUGAAAAUAGUUGCCGUCGGAACUGAUUCCAAGGGUAACAUUAACAUCGAAGAACUGAGAAAAGCCGCUGAAGCAAAUAAGGAAAAUUUAUCAGCCUUGAUGGUUACCUACCCAUCAACUCAUGGAGUCUACGAAGAAGGAAUUGAUGAAAUCUGCAAGAUAAUUCAUGACAAUGGUGGGCAGGUUUACAUGGACGGUGCUAACAUGAAUGCACAGGUUGGAUUAACCAGCCCGGGUUAUAUCGGAGCAGAUGUGUGCCAUCUGAAUCUCCACAAAACAUUCUGCAUCCCGCACGGCGGAGGUGGUCCAGGCAUGGGGCCGAUUGGUGUGAAGAAACACUUAGCACCAUUUUUGCCGUCACAUCCUGUGGUGCCAACCGGCGGGAUACCAGCUCCUGAGAAGGCUCAGCCUUUAGGUCCCAUGGCUGCAGCACCAUGGGGAUCUGCUCUUAUUUUGCCGAUUUCAUACACAUACAUAGCAAUGAUGGGUUCCCAGGGGUUAACUGAUGCAUCAAAAAUAGCAAUUCUCAAUGCAAACUACAUGGCCAAGCGUCUAGAGAACCAUUAUCCUAUUCUUUUCCGAGGUGUUAAUGGAACUGUUGCCCAUGAGUUCAUCGUCGAUCUAAGAGGAUUUAAGAAUACUGCUGGCAUAGAAGCUGAAGAUGUCGCAAAGCGUCUUAUGGACUAUGGAUUCCACGGUCCGACAAUGUCUUGGCCGGUCCCUGGCACUCUAAUGAUUGAGCCAACAGAAAGUGAAAGCAAAGCCGAACUGGACAGGUUCUGUGAUGCUCUCAUAUCUAUCAGAGAAGAAAUCGCCGAGAUUGAGAACGGUAAAGCCGAUAUCAACAAUAAUGUCUUGAAGGGUGCACCUCAUCCGGCAUCUCUCUUGAUGGCUGACCAAUGGACAAAACCGUACUCGAGGGAGUAUGCUGCAUUCCCUGCAGCAUGGCUCAGAGGCUUCAAGUUCUGGCCAACCACUGGCCGUGUGGACAAUGUGUAUGGUGAUCGAAAUCUUAUUUGCACCCUUCUCCCGGUUUCUCAAAUGGCCGAAGAACAAGCAGCUGCAACUGCAUGAUAGUCAAAAAGACAUCGAUGAUCGAUCAUCCUGGGUUUCUAUGGAACAAGAAACCAAGCCUUACUCAGUCUUGAUUUGGAAACUGUAUAUAUAUAAACUUCAGCUUCAAAUGGUCUCUUCAGCUCCUCUUGCUCUUCUGUGAAACUUGUUGCUUCUGGCAACCAAUUCCAUAUUUAUCUUUACAUUCUGAUUAUUAAUCAAUUCCUCAAAGUUAAAAA